AUGCCGCUAACCAAGGUGUUCCUGCGCACAGGGCAGAUGGCACUGCUGCAGAGCAUGCGGCUGGACGCCAUGAACGAAGCUGCCAGGAAGAUUCAGCGCGCCACGCAGCACUUCCUCUUCACUCGCCACCGCAAGCGCGUCGUCGUCCUCAUUCAGACACAAUGGCGAGGCAACUGUGUGUGUGCAUCGUACCAGCAUCUGCGGAGGGAUGUGGCGGCGACAACCAUCCACGUGGCCGUGGUGUUGCGGAGGGACAUGGCAGCAACGACCAUCCAGGCAGCAGAGAGGGGGCAGCAGCAGCGCCUGCGCUUCCUUCAGCUGCGCCAUGCCGCCCUGGUGGUGCAGGCCGCUGAGGCAAGUUGGCAGGCGGAGUUGGCGCCGCCGCGCAAGAAGACAGACGUGGCGAUUGAGACCAUUUGCAUGAUGACACUGCCCGUGAUGCGACUUGUGCUGGCAGCGCAUGGUGUGGCAGCGCAUUCACUACACACACUCAACCAUACAUAUUCGUUUCAGGAAUGUCUUGCUUUUCACUCCUUGUCACCUCGCUACCCUCCUGCCCCUGGUCACACCAGUUCCUUGUCUCUCCCGGACUACUCUCAUCUCCCUUUUCCAUUCUCACCCACACCCACUUCUUUCUCCCUAUCCCUUACAUCUAUCUCUACACUGCUCUCCCGCCCUCAUGAAAAGGCUGAAAAGAGCCGUGAAAACUCAGAGCGCCAGCUGGCCAAGGUCCGUGCUGAGUUGGAGCGGACCAAGAAGGAGCCGGCGGGCAAGGCGCGUGAGGUGGCGCAGCUGUUGGGGCAGUCGGAGAAGAAGCAGCAGUGGGCAGAGCAGGCAGAGGAGCGGUUGGAGGAGAUGCUGAGGGAGCAGGUCAGGGAGCGGGCAGAGGGGCGGGAGCGAGUGCUGCACGUGGCAUGUGUGGCCUCACAUAAUCCAGCAGCAGGUGGAGCAGGAGGAGUAGCAGGGGCCCUGAGCAGCCUGCCUUCCUUCGGUGGGUCAGGCUUUUCCUCCUCCUCCUCCUCCUCGCCCUCCGCUGCCGUGGCUGUCGUGGCUACCCUGGCAGGGGGGGCGCAGGGAGGGGUGGGAAGGGCGGGGGCGCAGGAGGGAAAUUUGGGGGUGCCGGAGGGGUCGAGGAUCCUGGCAAGGAUGGCGUCGAGAAGACACCCCUCACCGCACACCCCUGCCAAGCACCCCACCAGCGGCGGCGGGGCUGGCAUGGCGGCGGCGGCAGCGGCAGCAAUGGCAGCGAUGGACCGGAUGGAAGGGGCAGUAGCAGCUGUGGCAAGGGGGGGAGGCACUCGCGACGGUCCCCGUAGGGGACAUGGAGGCGCGGCGGACGCCCAUCAUCUGCCGUGCAUUCAAGAGUCAACGUCGUGGGAGGAGGGCAAGGAGAAGAAGGUAGCAGCUAUCAGUAGAACCAGCAGCGGCGGCAGCGCCAGCAGGGAGUUUUGUGGCAACAUCAGGGGGUUGAGGCAUGUGCGGUUCCCCUCCAUGGGACUGGGGAGAGCAAAGAGGCCGGGUACACACGUGCCAGCACGCUGCCUGUCAGGAGGAGCUUGUUGCGGCAGCAGUCCAUGGCGAAGGCCCUCAAACCCGCUACUAACGGUGAUGUUGCUAGGAGCUUUGGCGGCGCGCCUGACGGUGCGGGUGCACGGCUUGCGAGUAUCUGACGGCUGCAGUCGUCCAACCCGCGGAUGGGUGGAGGAGCAGGAGGGGAGGGUGGUGGUGGGCCGGGUGUGCCGCGACCGCUAG